UUCUGAUCAUAAUGUUGAUUUUUUAUAGACAUUUGUGACAGUAAUUUAAUCUUAUUUAAUGAUAUUUAUCUGCAGGUCCUGAGCGUGUUGGCAGCACCUCAAGAUGACCAGGGGUAUAUAUUUCAAGAUACUGAAUCCUAUGAUUCUUCGAACGCAAAUUCGGAUUCAUAUUUAGAUAUAUCCUCCAGCUCUAAUAACAACAAACAGUACCAACGCACAGAGCAACAAUCUCAUGCCGAUUCGCAGGCGUACAGCAAUGCGCGGAGUCAGUACGGCAACUACGUGCCAUGGUCGUACCCUGGACCUGUAAACGGUCGUCCGGUACAAGCGCCAUGGGACGGCAGGGGUGUCCCUCCGGUAUACCCCAUGAUACCCAUGAUCAAGGAGAUAUACGAUUAUAUGCCAUACCCGCAGUACCCGCCCAUAGCGCCGGUACAGCCCUACCCCACAUCGCCACUCAUCAGGCCAGUGCCAAGAAGUGGGGCAUCAGCGUAUGGUCAGGCUGGCAGCGGAUAUAAUCCAGCAGGUCCUUACUCUACGGCACAAACUGGAGCCAACGCAUAUACUCAAGGCCAACCUUCGCCACUUCUGCGUCAAGGAAGACCGGUACAACCCCUCUACCCGCCGUACUACCCCAGACCGUACAUACCCGUUAUUGGACCUAAGGGAUGGCCAGCACAACCCCAUAAGGGUUCUGGUAGCAGAGCGGUCACCAGUAGUUAUGUAUCAGAUGCCAAUUCUGCAGCGUCAGCCUCAUCUAACGUUAUCUCCUCAUCUUCCACUAACACCGGUCCCCAAGGGACUUCAAGCAGUUCAUUAACGUCGUCUUCGAGUGCCUCGAACAGCAACUCAAACAGCUACUCUUCUAUAUCUACCGGAUACACCGAAAUUGAAGAUAACGACACUCAAAACAAUUCGCCUACCGGCAACCCAAGUGGAGGACCUAGCCCAGGAGGAAGCCCAAGCCCCGGCGGAAACCCAGGAGGAAGCCCAAGCCCUGGCGGAAACCCAGGAGGAAGCCCGAGCCCAGGUGGAAGCCCAAGCCCUGGUGGAAACCCAGAAGGAAGCCCUAGCCCUAGCGGAAACCCAGGAGGAAGCCCGAGCCCAGGUGGAAGCCCAAGCCCAGGAGGAAGCCCAAGCCCAGGAGGAAGCCCAAGCCCAGGUGGUAGCCCAAGCCCCGGUGGAAACCCAGGAGGAAGCCCAAGCCCAGGAGGAAGCCCAAGCCCAGGUGGCAGCCCGAGCCCAGGUGGGUACCCAGGAGGACAACCCCGCCCAGGCAAGAAACCAAAGCGAGGAAAGAAAACUAAAUACACAAAACAUAAGAGUAAAUCCUCCGCCUUAGCCGAAGCUGAGGCUUCAGAGGAAUCAAGCACUGAGUACACAACGACAACAAACACCGAAGAAAUCGGAACAAUAACAUCUACUAGUACUACAGGCAGGACUUCUAAAAGGAGUCACAGUAAAAGUAAAGCUUCAACAUCCAGUGAAGUGGAAACAGAAACAUACGAAAUAGGAUGUGAUGAUGACACACCAGACGGUGAUGGUAACCCAAGCCAAGGCGGUAGCCCAAGCCCCGGUGGAAACCCAGGUGGUAGCCCAACCCCAGGAGGAAGCCCAAGCCCAGGUGGAAACCCAGGAGGAAGCCCAAGCCCCGGUGGAAACCCAGGUGGUAGCCCAACCCCAGGAGGAAGCCCAAGCCCCGGUGGAAACCCAGGAGUAAGCCCAAGCCCAGGUGGAAACCCAGGAGGAAGCCCAAGCCCAGGUGGUAGCCCAAGCCCAGGAGGACAGCCCAGCCCAGGAAAAAAACCUAAGCGAGGAAAGAAAACUGGUACAUACACAAAAUCAAAGACACGGUCUUCUGCUAAAGCAGAGGCGGAGGCCUCAGCAGAAUCAAGCACUGAUUAUACGACUACAACGAACACCAAGAAAACAGGAACACGAACCUCUACUAAAACUUCAGGCAAGAGUAGAAGCAGGAGCCGCAGCAGAAGUGAGGCUUCAACAUCUAAUGAACAGGAGACAAUAACUUACGAAAUAGGCGACGAUCAAGACACACCAGACGGUAGCCCAAGUCCCGGUGGAAACCCAGGUGGUAGCCCAACCCCAGGCGGUAGCCCAAGCCCAGGUGGAAACCCAGGUGGAAGCCCAACCCCUGGUGGAAACCCAGGUGGUAGCCCAACCCCAGGAGGAAGCCCAAGCCCUGGUGGAAACCCUGGUGGUAGCCCAAGCCCAGGAGGAAGCCCAAGUCCAGGAGGAAGCCCAAGCCCCGGUGGAAACCCAGGUGGUAGUCCAACCCCAGGAGGAAGCCCAAGCCCAGGUGGAAACCCAGGUGGUAGCCCAACCCCAGGUGGUAGCCCAAGCCCUGGUGGAAACCCAGGCGGUAGCCCAACCCCAGGUGGUAGCCCAAGCCCAGGAGGAAGCCCAAGCCCUGGUGGAAACCCAGGCGGUAGCCCUAGCCCCGGUGGAAACCCAGGUGGAAGCCCAAGCCCCGCAGGAAGUCCAGGUGGUAAUGGACCAACUCAACCAGGCAGUGGUGUUGUCCCUUGCGACGAUGAUGGCACACCAGGGCAAAUCGGACCGUUCCCGCCAGGCAGAGGAAAAGUAUGCAUCUGUUUCGAUUCGAUUUUCAAAAUGCCUAAAUACCUUAGACGGCUCAUACAAGCUUAAAAAAAAUCCGACAAAACGUACGACUAUAAUAUUUACGAAAUAUGUAUAAGAAAACUGAUAUAUCUAUGUGUUUUUGC